GACAAUAACUUGUAUGUCUUGAAUACCACGACCAAAGCAUGGUCUAUUGCAGCGGUGAAUGGCGGCAAGCCCGUUUCUCGAUCUGGUCACAGCAUGACUUUGGUCGGCUCUCAUCUCAUCAUUUUCGGCGGCAAGGGCGCAAAUGGUAUCAUCUUCAACGAUAUGCUCAUGUACAAUGUUGAGACUCUCUUUUCAUUCGCUUCGAAGUGGCAGGAAGUGAGCAGCAAUCGAUCUAUGCGUGCAUCACCUCGAAGCAACCACACAGCCGUUGUCCAUGCAGACAAGUUGUACAUCUUUGGCGGUCUCAGCGAUGACAAGGUACACAGCGACUUUUGGGAGUACGAUCCAGAGACCGAGACAUGGUUUGAGAUUGAGUGCUCCGGUUAUUUGCCAGGGCCUCGACACAGCCACGCAGCGGUCGUUAUUGAUGGCAUCAUGUACAUGUUUGGUGGUGUCAACGACAAGGGCCAGUACUCGGGUGACAUGUUUGCAUACCGAUUUGCUAGCCGCUACUGGCAUCGAGUGGACAUGACCAAUGUGCGGCCCACAGCGCGUGCCAAUCACGCUUUGUGUGCGGUUGGUAGUAAGUUAUUCCUUUUCGGUGGU